UGUCACACGUGGUUGUUGGUUGUAACGCUUUUUUGGUGUACGAAAUUAUUAAUGAAAAUUUAAAAUGACAAGUUUAUCACGUCAACUUCGAAAGCUCGCAGCUCCUCAGACUUCUCUCCUAAAACUCGACAAAAAGAAACCUUCGCUCCUUUUUGAUCCUCUUGAAGCAGCAAAUUUAGACAGAGAUGCAGUUUACGAAAUCGGAUUGUCUGGUCUUGAAGACCUGGAGAAAUUGGACAUUAGGUUCAGAGAGUUUCGUAAUUCUCUGUACUCUCUCACUUCCAAACAGUUUGAGCGGUCAGUCCAUACAGUUGCCGUUAAUGCUAAAAUCAAUGAAGAAAUUGAAAGGUUCCUAGUUCUUUUAUCUCCCUAUUUCACCCUGAGGAGUUCACAGAAAGCACUGGAGUGGCUUGUUAAUCGCUAUCACAUCCAUCAGUUUAACAUCAAUGCCUUAAUUAUGUGUGUGUUGCCUUUUCAUGACACAAACAUUUUUGUUCGUGCUAUUCAAUUGAUUGGAUUGAAGAAUCAGUUUGGUCAAUGGAACUGGCUUCGUCCCCUUCAAAAACCAGGAGUUCCGUUGCCAAAAAACACACUUUUGAAUCGUUGUGUUAAAGAUUUGGGACUCAUCAAACUCAUUUGUGCAAAUUUGGAGAAAGCCAUUACGAUUCACUCGGAAAAACCAUCCGUCCUGAACAUUUACAUUGCAUUUUUCACCACGACAAUGAUUGGUAUGGUGGAGCAGUCAAACGGAAUCAGCGAAGAGCAAUUAGCUAUUCUCCUCCCAUCUCUUCUAAAUGGACUUGUGAGCAAGUUUGCCGAUCUUAUCGCUGGCUGCUACAUGAUAAUCGCUCAACUGAAUAGGAAAGCAAAUUUGAAUCAAAGAGUUGUUGAAGAUUUGGCUCUAUGCAUUUUAAAAGGCAUGAUUCCUGCUUUAUCUUCUGAAGCAAUAACGCUGCUUAUCGUGUUAUGGGAUAAACAAAAGGACCGCGUUUUCAACGUCAAUCACAUGCGAAACUGCAUCGAAUUUCUUAAAUCAAAUGCAGAAUUCCUUCCAUCGAUUGGAAUUCUUGCCUCUUGUUAUCAGGUGUCUUCUUUUGUAUCGCCAGUGAUACAAGGUUUUGUUAUGGAACUAGGAAUGGCGGUUAAAGACUCCCGCUUCAACAAACUUUCUCAGUUUUUAACAAAAUUGGUCGAAGAAGUUCGUUUUAUCGGAAAGGACCCAAUCAUUAUUGUCAAAUCUUUUGUUAUUGGAUACUUGGAAGCUAUAGACAAGAUUGAAGCAUCUCAAAAACUGAAGCUCCAAAUAGUGAUCUCUGCUGUACUUGAUCGUCUUGAGAAACAAUAUCCGAUUGAUUUUGAAAAAGCUCUUCAUCUAGCGAUGAUUGAAAAUGCAGAGAAUGAAAUCCGCAAAGAAGAACUAGGCAAAUUGUUAGGGGCAAGUUGGGAUGUGGAACACACAUCACUCUUUCUGAAAUUGAAUCACAAUUCAGCUCAAGUCAGACUAGAGGCUAUUCGAUCAGUGGUUCAGGCAAUACACCAAAAAAAGAUACGCAAUAUGAGUUUUGCCGUCUCCAGUAUUGUUGAGAGACUCACCGACAGCGACGCACAGGUGGUUAGUGAAGUACUUCUCCUUGGAAAAACUCUACUCACUAUCCUUCCAAGCGAUAGGCAGUUUUCUAUAUUACUGGCUGCUCUUGGUAAUGGUCAACCACAAUACAGUGAAAACUGGAAUUCAGUUCGUCUUGAGCUGAUCAAGUUGCUCGGCAGCAAAGUUUGUGUCGACAAGCUAAGUGAAGAUGAGUUAGUUGAACUCUUCUUGGCACUCUUACCUUUCCUCUUUGCCACCAAUACUGCUGAUUUGACAUUAACGAAGGCAAUCGUCGCAUCAGAUUUAAAAACGCAUUCUCCGAUGCUACAAGUUCUUGCCACAAAAAUUAAUUCCCAACAGAGAAACAAUGACAGCAAAUUGCCAAAGAUCGAACUCUCCGCCAGCAGCCUGCACGAAGCCUUGCGCCAAGUCAAGCCGUUUUCCAAUGAACAGUUAAACAUUAAGGUGUUUCAACGAAUGCUGGAUUGCAUUAGGGAUUCAUCGACACAUUCAUCGCUAUCUCUCCCGGUUAUUUUUGUCGUCGCUGCGCUCAUCCAAGGCGAGUCGGAGUUAUUGAAAGCCACUAAAAUGGCUACUCGUUUUGUUGACGUUCUUUUUGGGAUGAUAGAAAGCGCUAGGGUGAAGCGGAAAUACAAAGAAGAGGGGAAACAAGGAAAUACGCGAAUUCACGCGAUGCUUCUUCAGGCUCGUGGUGGAUCAAUAGCUCAUGACGCACUAAUCUAUGGUGCCAUGGAAGUAUUUGCCGCUCUUACAAUUGAAUACUCGAAAAUGGAAGGACAACAGUGGGCGGCCCUGGCCAAUACGGAUGAUCCUGCCGAUGCCAGCAUGCUGUUCCUGCUGAGUUUGUUUCGAUUCUUGGUGUUUGGACUGACGUCAGGUUCAUCCGCACUGUUCCAGACAUCCUUUCAGACCUUUUUUGGUAAAAUGAUACAAACAAAGAGCAGACUGUUCUUUCUCAGCCUCGUAUGGAACAGUCCGCAUGCGGAUGAUUCGCUGAAGGUAGUUGCGUUAAAAAUGGGCGCGAUAUACCUAGAACAGGACCCUACCAGAAACACUUGGGCUAUCGAAUACAACUCGUCUGUCGUCCCCCAACUUCUUUGCUGCUUGACGUCACCGAACUCUCACAUCCGGGAGCAUGCUUUGGCCAUUUUCAAAGUACUUGCAUCAUCUUUCUCAACCUCGACGAAAACCUACGGCCCGCUUAUCGUAGAGUUCCAUGAAUCAGCGGAAGAAAUGAAAAUUGACGAAGAGCAAGUUAAAGUCGUUGUGUCUAGGCAUUUAUCUAAAAAGGCUGCUUUACCAUCAUCAACGGCAUUGUUCAAGUUGAUCGUCUCCGCAGAAGUUCCCGACUACGUUAAACAAGGACUGUUGAAGGCCCUUGAGCAAGUGAACUCUACAAGCAUUUUGACGGACUUGCUGCCUCUGAUUGUUGAAUUAAUUAACAAAAUGGACUCACCGCUCGGAGUAAUUCAAUCGAAUGUUCUGACUAUGCUUUUGGAAAGAUUCAAUCCCGUAACAGCUCCACUUAUCGCCACAAAUGAAGGAUGGAACUGUUUCCAGAAGGCACUUCGUUCACCUACUAAUGCCAUCAUUACAGGAGAGGAAGUAUUUCUGUCCCCUCAGGAUAUCAUCAUCGAGGUCAUAACCAAAGACUUUUUCAAAGCUCUGCCUUCUCAGCCCAUCAAACUGAAGAUUUUUGAUGAGCUAUUAGAAAUCAUCAUAAACACCGACAAAACCGUUACAGCUAGACAAGCACGAAGAGCGUUAAAACGAAUUUCGUUCGACGCCACAUUGUUGAUCACACAACUUCAAUUCAAGUCCCAGCCCAGCGAACCGACGGGAAUAAAAGGAAAGGAACUUAGAGGACGUCGCCCACGCCAACCCUCGUUGAGACCUAGCCAGUGUCUUCUUUGGAACCGAAUUCUGGCCGUGCUGGAAAUGCUGCAAGUCAAGAGAGAGAUUUCUAAGAUUCAUUUGCUCAUUGCUCCCCUGUUUGAUUUGCUGAAAAUUUGUCUGGACGAGGAAGAGCAAGUUUCAUUGGAAUACUCAAAGCAGUUGAUCCUUUCGUGUCUGCUGAGCUGUUGUCAAAAACUUUCUCCAGGAGAUAGCGUGAAACUAGCCUCUGAAUUCAACACUGGAUUGAUUGUACAGUGCAUCCGUGUCUCGAACAAUCCGCAGACACACCACCAGGCCUUACUAUUGCUUUCUUUGGCUGCCCAGCUUUUCCCAAGCCACGUCUUGCACAACAUUAUGGCCAUUUUCACUUUCAUGGGUACAUCCGUUUUGCGUCAGGACGAUGCUUACAGCUUCCAGGUGAUAGCGAAAACCCUCGAAUCCGUCAUACCAACGCUCAUCGAGGCUUCGAUGAAAACGGCAGUAGAACCAGUUGUGACGACUGUCAUUCACGUGUUUGCUGACGCUCUUCCGGAAGUCCCAGAGCACCGAAGAAUUCCCGUUUUUGACAAGCUGUUGACGACGUUGGAUCCAGAAAUUUAUUUGUGGCUGGCACCUACACUCAUCCUGUCGAACAUGGCCACUCAAGGAUCACGUCUGGGAAGAGGAUUGGUCAAAGAAGAUGAUAAAGACCGAAUCGUUCCUGAUGUAGAGUUCUCUCUGAAUGUCUGUCACUUGUACAAGCCACAAGUUCAACUGAACGCAUGCAUCCGUAUGAUUGAGUACUUGCAAUCGUUGCCAGUCGAGAAAGACGAACGACGUCGGCUGACAAGAAACGAAGACAAGGAUAUGACGGAAGGAAGCACACCUUUCAGUCUCGACGUUCACAGCACUCGUCAACUGUGCCACUUCAAGUUACUGCUGGUCAAUUUCAUUUCGACGCUCCUUUCAUCUAAUCGAUUAGUCGCCCAGCUGGUGGAGUUGGAUGACUCGGAGAAGCCAUCAUUAGAGAAACUCUACCAGAAACUAGUUGAAACGGCUUUGGAGUACACUCAGUCCGUGUCGCGUCAAGUGGAUCUUCCACUCAAAGUAACCUCGGCCGAACAGGGUCCGAACCCGAAAUUUUGGCGAGCUUUAUUGCAUCGUUCCUAUGACGUCAUUGACCGGAUUAAUAGUUUACUACCCCGCACCAUGUUCAUCUCCGUGGUGCACACUUUACUGUCCCACCCUAUUCCAUCGAUUCGACGUCGUGCCAUGGAACUCCUCAGCGCAAAAUUGCAGCACCAGUCGAACUUCUUCGCUGUGACCCAGGAUCAAUCGGUGCUUCUGCAGUUGAUCCCUUCAUUGACCGCCAUCGCCAGCGGACAAGGAUCGAACGAAGAGGAAGCCCUGAAUCAACAAACGGCUUUUUUCACCCUCAAAUUGUUGUGCCGCUGCAUGGGGCCGUCGGCCAGCUCUUCAUUCCGCCCAGUUUUGGAUGUCGUGGUUGAAACUAUUUCACCGAGUAAAACAACUUCGUCCACUGUCCUGGCGUCGGCAUUCCUCUGCUUGGCUGAGCUUAUUCAAAAUAUGGGCGUACAGUCUCUACCACAUCUUCCACGCUACGGUGCCAACAUUGUUUCCCGCUUAGGAGAUAUCUCCAGCAUCGAAAGCCACGACCUGCUGUUGCUCAGCGUCGUAACGGCCGUUUACAAACUGGUCGAAACUUUACCCCAGUUUCUUGUUCCCUAUCUGCCUCCCAUUCUGAAACAGAUUUGCUACCUAUCAGCCAAACAACCCGUUACAGAAAAACCAUCACAAUUGCAAUCGCGGCUUCAAAGUAUUCGGCACUCCCUAGCAACGGCCAGUGUACCUCGGUCGUUAGUGAAUAGCGUCACUCAAGUAUACGCCGAGGUGACCAUGAUCGAAAGCGGAACUUUUGUUCCGACACUUUCCAUUGCUCCUUUGAUGUCGAUCCUGUCUGAAAGUUUUGCUGCCAUGAGCUCCGAAGAGUUGACUAUUCAACUUCCCGCUUUGACGAAUUUCUUCAUCAAGGCGUUAGAUACUCGAUCGUCCCUGAGUGUUCAAAAAGCAACUAUUGAACAGAUGAAUGCUGCGGAAGAGCCUGUCGUCUCGGCUCUAGUGUCCCUGGUACUUAAACUCUCAGAGGCCAGUUUCCGGCCUCUAUUCUUCCAGCUGUACGACUGGGCUACCCGGGUUACGGAUAUGAGGAAAGAGCGUCUCGUUACGUUCUACAACUUGACGAUGCAGAUUGCCGAAAAAUUGAAGGGUCUCUUUGUCGUCUUUGCCGGCCACUUUAUCCGGAAUGCAGCCCAGGUGAUUAUCGACACCAACUUCACUCAGAAGGGAUCCUUACCAUUCAAGGGACCCCAUGCCGAAGGGAACACGUUGAUGCUACUCGAAUACGUGCUGCGAUGCCUGUACCGUGUUUGCUUGCACGAUAACGAGAAUUUCAUCAACAAGGAACGAUUUGAAACUCUCAUGGAGCCUUUGGUGGAUCAGCUCGAAAAUCAGCUAGGAGAAGAUGAUGUCGUCAACCGACGUGUCAAGGAUCUCCUCGUCCCACUGCUGGCUCAGAUGGCAGUUGCUGCCAGCGAUGACUACCUGUGGAAGGCACUUCACUACCAGUUGCUGCUGAAGACGAGAAGCAACUCGCCUCACGUUCGACUGGGAUCGCUUAGUGGGUUGUCGGCGCUCGUCGAGAAACUAGGGGAGGAUUAUUUGGCUUUAUUACCGGAAGCCAUCCCCUUCUUGGCGGAAUUGCUUGAAGAUGAUGUCAACGAAGUGGAAGUAGCUGCUCAGACGACGAUCGCCAAUAUGGAGAACAUGCUUGGAGAACCACUGCAGAAAUAUUUCUAAAAUCAUCUGCAUUUGUAUGCUACAAACCGUAGAGCUCGAAUAAAGAUUGUUUCUACCCUA